UGAAGGACCACUGAGGGCAAGGUUCAGACAGAAAUCUGGGUCAGACCAGGUUCCUCGUUGCUGAAGGGCCUUGUGAAACACAGCUCAGAGGAACCCUCAUUGGUCCUAUGGGCUGUGUCUUCCUCCCGAGCCCAGCCAGAUAAUUGCUGCUGGGCCUCAGCUGCCAAGAGGCAGCUCUGAUUCUCCAUCCUUGGACAUCCCUCAUCAAUGGCUGACUGCAAAGUGAGAGGCCAAGUUUAGACCCAAGCUCCCGCCCAAACGCUCAGAGAGCCUGGUGCUACGGGGCUGGGUGUCUCCUUGUCCUGCCACCAACAGCUGUACCAACACCUGGCUGGAGUCACACUUGGACACAGAAGGCCCUGAUUUGUCAGCCAGGUCUGGCCUCAGAGAUACUGGUCCUGAUUCUGCCGGGUCUCUCGUCUCUGGUCUUGAGGCCCCAGUCCUUUCUGAAUUCAAGGCAAUGUUGCCUCAAAACAAGGACCAGGUGCUGCUACAGAACGCAGCGCCCCCUGGGCGCCCCCCUCUGGGCCCCUCACAACUUGUGGACUCCUCACCCAGCCACCUACAGCCUCUGCCUCCCCAGCGACCACCCCCUUGCACCCCUCCCCCACGGUCCCACUCUCCUCGCUCCCAUUUCUACUCUUCUGACUCAAAUCCCGACUUUAUCCUACACCCUUACUCUUCCUCUCUCCCGAGUUCUCCCAGUUUCUUUCAUCAGAAUUACCUCUCUCUUUCCCUUCCACCCUCUUCCUCUCCCUCCCACCGGCUAUACCCCUCCCCUACUCACACUCAUUCCUCCUCUCCCUCUCAGCUCCAGAACACCUCUCUCCCCUACUCUCAUUGCCAGUCUCCUUCCCCCCCAGGAGACUGUCCUAGCUCCACUGUCACUUCCCCGACCCCCAGCCUACCUUCUGGUGAGGUCCACUCAAACAGGCAGCCAUGGCCCUGGCAUCAGUACGGGGACACCGGGUCCCCUGGGGUGGUGGGAGAAUGCGUGGCAAGCGAGAGGGACCCUGCAGAGUUCAGGGACCCAGGAGCCCUGGCCCAGGCCCUGGUGGUCCACCUGGGGCACCGCCGCAUUGCACACGACCUGCGGCUCCUGCUUUUGCAGCGCCUGUGGCUAGGCAGGACUGGCCAGGCCCCAGUUGUAGAGUAUCCUAUAUGCCUGGUGUGCCUCAAGCCCCGCAGCCCCUCUUGCCCCAUCCCCAGGUACAGGACUGGACCCCGGCUGCUUGCCUUCCCCCAGCUGCUGCCCUGUGCACAGGGCCAGGGAUCCGGACCGCUCCGCAUAGGCAUUGGUUUUGGCCUCCGCCUGCCUCGGGGCCAGGCCAGGGCCUUGCAUCUGUUGCCGGAAAGAAGGCCAGAGGAAGCAGGGCCUCAGGGCAAGGCUGCUCAGGCCGGUGGAUAUCAAACCCGGGCAUCCCAGGCUCCAGCCGCUCAAGCACCAGGGGCUCAGGCGCGGGCAGAUCCAGCCCGGGGCACACCCUCCUCCCGGAUGGCGAGUCUCAGAUCUACAGGCCUUCAAUCACCAAACUCUAUGCGGUUUUCAGGGCCUCUACCUCAGGCACCCAAACAGGCCACUGUCUCCCCGAAACCCAGGCCUUCCUCUGUGCCCAAGAGGCCUGCCUCUCCAGAGCCCGUUCUCCGAAAGUCACCACCCUAGUUCCAGAGCCGAGGAGGCUCUCUGGAGCACCUCCUCCGAACCCCACCGCCCCCACCAGGCCCCAGAUCUCGGGGAGCCCCCGAGACACCCUGAAGGGCUGGCUGGGGGGAGGUCAGGUGUGUUCUCCAGCCUUGAACCCUGGGAGCCCCUUAUGGAGUCUGCUGUCUCCUGGCUGAAGAGGAUGAAGGGCAACUUAGACCCCAUUCGGCCUGUAGUGUGUCAAUAAAGCCCG